AGGAAGUGAGGGACGGGGCUUUCUUCCUGGGUCCCCGGGGUGUAGGGCUGUGCUUGGCAGUCCUUUGCAGUGCCCGCGUUCCCUGGCGGUUCUUCCCCAUCCCGAUUCCGUGCAUGUUUCUUUGGAAGCAUAGCCCUUUAUUGCAAUGGGCUUUACAGCCAAGUCAGCCAGCUUCGGAUCGCAGCGUUCUCUCUCGCGCUGACCUUCCAGAUCCCGCAAGGAUCCGAAAGUGCCCUGUGCGUGUGUGUGCCUGCUCAGAGUGAGAGUGGAAUCUUGCCAUGCAUGGCGGUGACCUGAGCGGCACCCUCUGCUAGUGAGUAUUUGCCAGGCAGCUUCCUGCUUCUCUAAUUCGCCUCCCUCCUUUCCAUGAUGAACAGGAUCCAGCUGAAGCGAUCCGGGAUCCUCAAGAUGGCCCUCAGCGGCUCAUCAGACCCCCUGCUCGAGCAGGAAGAGGGGGAGGUUGGUAACAAGCAACCCUCGUUCCUGAUCAGGGCCGUGCGGAUCGCCACGGUAGUCUCUAUGUACUGGUUUAUCUCCAUCACCAUGGUGUUCCUCAACAAGUACCUGUUGGGCAGCCCCUCGCUGCGCCUUGAUGCCCCACUUUUUGUCACGUUCUACCAGUGCUUUGUCACCGUCCUCAUCUGUAAGGUGCUGAGCCUUCUGGCCUCCUGCUGCCCAUCAAACUACUUGGACUUCCCCUCCAUCCGCAUGGACCUCAAGGUGUCCCGCAGCAUCUUGCCCCUCUCUGUGGUCUUCAUUGGCAUGAUUACCUUCAACAACCUGUGUCUCAAAUAUGUUGGCGUGGCUUUCUACAACGUAGGUCGCUCCCUCACCACUGUCUUCAACGUGCUGCUUUCUUACCUGCUGCUGAAACAAACCACUUCCCUCUAUGCCCUUUUAGCUUGUGGGGUGAUCAUAGGUGGCUUCUGGCUUGGUAUAGAUCAAGAGGGAGCAGAAGGUACUUUGUCAUGGGCCGGCAUAGUCUUUGGAAUCCUGGCCAGUCUCUGUGUCUCACUGAAUGCUAUUUACACUAAAAAAGUUCUGCCUGCUGUAGAUGGCAGCAUCUGGCGUCUGACUUUCUAUAACAACAUCAAUGCCUGUGUCUUGUUCUUGCCUUUCAUGUUGCUCUCUGGUGAAUUUCAGAGCCUGUACCACUUCGAUAAGCUGGGAAGCCUCUAUUUCUGGGGCAUGAUGACCCUGAGCGGGCUGUUUGGAUUUGCCAUUGGUUAUGUGACAGGGCUCCAGAUAAAAUUUACUAGCCCUCUAACACACAAUGUCUCUGGGACAGCCAAGGCAUGUGCCCAGACAGUACUAGCUGUCUGCUACUAUGAAGAAACCAAGAGCUUCUUAUGGUGGACUAGCAACAUGAUGGUGUUAGGUGGCUCCUUUGCCUACACGUGGGUGAAAGGGCUGGAAAUGAAGAAGGUCCAGGAGGAACCUGUUCCAAAAACAAAUGAAAAAAGUGAGACUGGUGUCUAAAUUAAUCUAGCCUGCACCUCACUAUGUGCAUGUCUCCCAGUGUGCAUGGAACUGAGCCUCAUUAGAAAGAGAGACUGAGUUUGAGGCCUGCAAGGCAGGAAGAUCCUGUGGCCUGAAAGCAGUGGGAGCAGAUCCAAAGUCCUCCACACUUAAAGAGAGUUUACUGCAGUAAUCAUGGUAAAAGGGGAAAGGGUGUGAUACAUAGAAGGUGACAUGGUGGUGGGAUGGUUAGCUCCAGUAAAGAUCUCUGUGUCUACCAAUGCACUUUUUAAAAUGGCUGCUGUCCCCUGUAGGUCCUACCUAUGUGUAAUUGGGUUGUUCAAUGACCAAUGAAUGCUAGUUGGGUUGUGGCUGUAGUCCAAUCUGGAGUAUGCUCUCUGUGUAGGUGCAUCUUGGCAUCUUGCAAAACGUACUGAGCAACUCAGUGUAUUUAUCCUUAGAGCCAGUCUCUUGGCCAGCUAAGGACACCCAAGGUUGGUUGUUGACUCCUCCUGCCCUUGUGGGGCAUAUUUGUACUAAGAAACGUAAGGCCUUCUGUCAGUGAAUAGAAAUAGUCUGGAAGCACUCGAGUGUAUGAGUUAAAUAAAUGCUGAAAAGCAUUUCAGUCAGUGACAUUCUUUCCAGCAAGUUUACUUGCAGGGGGAAGUCUUUCCUCUUGGUUGCCUCACUCUAGUAGUCCUGAACAGAAAUGAAGGUCAGUAUAAGAAGAAACAGGCUUUGGAAUGUCUUCAGAACUGGUUUCCUCAAAACUCAUGGACAAAUUCUAGCUCCAGUUUCUCACAACUCCAAGAUUAGUAAUGAAGUGGGGGAUAUCAGUUGCUGAUCUGACCUAUGUACUUAAUAUACACUGAAAGAAGCAAAAAUGCCCCUUUGUUCUCCAAGCAAAUGGUUUCUGGUUUGUUUGUUUUUACUGUUUCCUUUGCUGAGUGAGCCACUGUGGGCUUUCUGUUUUGUCAGAGAUUUUCUCCAACCCCAACCCACCUCUGCCCCAAUUAUUAUUUUUUA